CAAAAGUGAAAUGUCUGGCGUUUAGCCGGUUUUUGUAAUUUAUUGCAUAAGAUGAGUAAAGCGAGAAGACGAGUAACAGUGGAUAUUGAAAAAACAGUUCCUGAUGAUCCAGGGAAGAGAAAGCCGAGCGUAUUUGAACGAUUAGGUCCAGGUGGCGCUCAAAGAAAAUACGAAGAACCGAGGAGCGAUUCUCAAUACCUGGACAAGUGUCGCAAUUGGUUACUCACUGGUACAUGUGUUUUUGGUUCACAGUGCAAGUUCCAGCAUGGCCCGUUCAUUGGGAAACGCAAAGCAAAGAGCAGCACAAGCCGAAAGGAGGACAGUCCGGAUGAGCUGCGUCUUCGCGUGAAAUCCCACCAUGCCGACAGUGACUCCGCCUCCCCCGACCCCCACAUGAGGCUGAAACGAGACGAGAUGAAAAUCAAAUCAACGGUAGUCGUCAAGAAGUCGAACGCUCACGACAGCGGGGACGAGACCGAAGAUUCCGAUAACUGGGCUGUAGACAAACUCGACUAUAAGAAGGAACUCGAGUUGGAACAGAAGCGACAACAGCUGCAGCGUGAACUAAGUCAACUGGUAGAUAUGGAUGAUGAGCGUGAAAACAUCACCAUCGAAAAGAAACUUCCAAAACCACCAGAACAGGUUGUGUGCCACGGGACUGGAAGUGUGCCAGUGUUACAGCCAUAUAUAAAGAGACCAGUCAGUGAUAAAUCUGAUUCCGAUCACAGUCCAGACCGGGACCGCUUUAUGUCCAAGAAGAAAUCUCCAAUGACAAUGUACAUGAAGAAGGACAAGAAGAAGAAACACAAACAGAGAUCUCCGGUGUCUAGAUCGCCGAGCCCUGUCGAGUCACCUGUCAAAUUAAAGGGACACAAAAAGAAGUAUGACAAGGAAGAGGAUACCCCACACAAGACAAAGCAUAAGAAAUCAAAGAAACUUCUGAGAAAGCAGAUGGAAAAAUCUCCCGAAAUUGGAGCCCUCAGGACGAAAAAGAAACACUCGCCAAAACAACCAGACAUAAAACUAGCCAAGAGUGGACUCGGUUUGCCACCCGUGAAGCUUUCACCCGACAAAUUGUUAAGACGAUCAAGAUCACCUUUAAAGUCGGACCGGCACAAAGCACACCACACCAGGUCUCGAACACGGAGUUUGUCCAUUUCUCCCGAACCGGUCCCUAAACCAAAGGGAAUCCCUGACUUCAUCCGGGAAGGACUGAAAGAAGGGAAGUAUAAAAUUAAGAAGAGGAAGGAAAAAAUACGAGAAGAUUCACCACACUCGGACCAUGACCAAAAGUCGUACCAGAACAAAAAGAAAAUAUCGCCGAUGAAAAUAAAGAAGAAAAUUAAGACGAAGCACGAUGUUGCCGUUCCGAAGAUAAAAGACGAUAUCGAGGAAGAUUUGCCAGAGCGGCACACGGAUUCGGAAGGACGGUCGGGAAGUUCCGAGUCAUACUCGAGAAGACGGGAGGAAGAAUCGCGGGAACAGAAAGAUCGAGAAACCCAGGAGCUGAAGCAGAGAGCUACUGAUCGACAUGAGAGACGGGAUCGGGCUAGAACGCCGUCUCCAAAGGACCGUGGAAGAUCUGCAUAUCAGGAAACUUCAGAGAGAAGUAAGAAAAGCAGUAUGGACCGAAAGCGCGAAAGGCGUGAGGAAUUUGAAUUGAAUUACAAAAACAUAAGCCAAAAGACCAAGUAUGGAACAUCACCGAAAGCUUACCCACCAGAGGAAUAUUCAUCUCCUGUUACCGAACGAAGGGACCGGUCUCCUGAUGAUAGAUCACGGUCACGGCAAGAUAGGUACAAAGAAUCGGAAAGAGACAAUAGGAGGAGGGACGUCCGUCCUGCGGACGACAGACGAGUUCCGCGAGACCCGGCUUUCAGGACAGAGGAGUUUGAUGUUCGCGGCCGCAGUCCGUCGAAUCAUUCGCGGGAACGCGGUGAUCGCAAAGAGCGAGUGGAUCGCCCUGGCAACGCAAAUCUUCCUGAGAGAGGAGCAGAGCGCUACGGUUCGGCCGACUAUCGACCGGGACAGGAUCCCCGAGGCAGGUUUGAGGAAGGGUAUCUACCUCCAUUCCCCGAGCAUCCCGAUUUAGAGCGACCGCGCUACCCAGCAGACCGAGAACCAUUUGAUCCACGCACUGGUCGACUGAGACCAGAUCCGAGGCAAGAUCCAAGACAGGAUCCGAGGCAAGAUCCAAGACAGGAUUUGAGACCAGAUCAGAGACAGGAUCCAAGACAAGACCCAGGUUUUGAUCGGAGUCGACGGGAUGAUGGCAGCCGUGACAGAUACAACCGGUUUCCGGAUGACAGACCACGACCUGAAAACUUUGAAGGAUUUGAUCGACGACCUGAAUACAGUGAGCGGAGCAGAGGAAGGGGACGCAGGGGUGGGUAUGAAAGGCGAUAUGACCCACCUCCACCACCACCACCACCACCGCCACCACCACCGCCACCACCACCGUUCGAAGACGAUCGUCCGAGCCGGAGGUCUGAAUGGGAUGACCACAGGCCAGGGGAACCUUUCAGACAAGACCGCGAAUGGCCGGGACGUCCCGAAGGAAGACGCGACCCGUCCCGAGAUGAACGGUAUGAGGGACGCCGAGGAGACGACCGCAGACCAGACAGCCGACCGUUUAGCCGAGAGGGUGAAGAACCGAUCGCCCGCGGCAGACCGGAGUGGAGAGAGAGGAUCGAUGGCUCUACAGACCGACGACCGCCAGAGUUCCGAGACGAAAGAGUGGAUCCAAGAAGCGAAGCACUAGGCAGAGUGGAUGACCGGGGAAGAGAGAGAGAAAGAGAGAGGGGUACCUCUCCUGCCCAUCCACCUGAGUGGGCUGGGUUGCGGGAGGGACGUGGUUACGAGAGGGGGGCCAGAGAUGACCGUGCUCCAGCUCCGGGCUUCAGAGACGAACGUGGAAACAAAGGCAGUCGUAGAGAUGGCGAGAGAGGUUUCCGAGAUGACCGGGAGAGCCAGAGAGACGAUAAACGAUAUGAUGCCAAGAGGAGUGCUCCGGAUGACAAGUUACCAAGGGAUGAACGCGGGCCAAGAGAUGAUCGUGGAAUAAGAGAUGAACCGCCGAGAGAGGAGAGAACUCCAAGAGAUGACAGAACUCCUAGAGAUGACAGAACUCCAAGAGAUGACAGAACUCCUAGAGAUGACAGAACUCCAAGAGAUGAAAGAACUCCAAGAGACGACAGAACACCUAGAGAAGAAAGACUUCCUAGAGAGGACAGAACUCAAAGAGAAGACAGAAUCAGAGAGGACAGAACUCCUAGAGAGGAGCGGAGCGAGAGAGAUGCCCAGAUUCCAAGGACAGAUGACAGAAGUAAGAUGGAGAGGGUAGAGCGAGACGGAAGUAAACCCCGAGACAAGCGAAGUAAGGACGCUUAUUCUCGCAGUUUGGAUGUCGAGCCUCAGGAAGCUCGGGCGAGGAAAGACGAGAGAGGGACUACCAAAGAUGAAGACUUGAAGAGUGACGCCACAAGACCCGAGAGGGUCAAGGAAAGCAAGAGGGAUGAGAGUUCGGACUAUAAGUACAGAGAUGCUAAAGAUAAAGACAAACAUAUUUCUGAAGACACUCAAAGACACGACAGAAACAGAGACGAUGGUUCCAGCAGAGAUUCGAAAUCCAAGCUUGAUGAGAGCGUUGGGAAGGAUGGAAGGAAGAGGUGGAAGGCACACAAGAAGACUGCAAAGUGGCCUCCUCGUAGUUUUGAUGAUGUAGAUAGUGAUGGAGAGACUGUAGAGGAACCAGCAAAGGAAACAAAAAAAGAGGACAAACGAAAUGUGGGUGAAGAAAUCAAAUCCAAAUCCCCCCUUCCUCACGGCUCAUCUCGGAAGGGAAGCCGGUCUCCACGGAAACGCAGCCGGUCUCCCUCAAAACACACACUGUCUCCUUCGUCCAAGAGGAGUCGAUCGCCGGCGUCAAAACGAAGACGGUCUCCGUCAAAACACAGCCGAUCUGCGUCCAAGCGUGACCGGUCGCUGGACUCCAAACACUCCCACGCAUCGUCGAGACGCCACCGGUCGCGCUCGCCCGCUCACAAACGAUCUCGCGACCUCUCCCCGGCGGGUUCGUACCACGGACAGGCAGGGGUUGGGGGUCGCCGACCAGAUAAGAGUGUUUCCGGUUUGAAAGCCCCGCGAGACGAGGAGUCUGAUCAUGAGGAGAAGCGCAGCACAGCCGGGAGUCUCGACCUGGAGAGGAAGAACAGGAGGAGGGAAAGUAACUCUGAGGUUGUUAGAAAGGACAAGGCUAAAAGUCUAAGUCCCCAACCAGCAUCAAGAAAAGUGGACGAUACGUUUUCUAAAUCGGAUAAGGUAGCUAAGAGAAAACGAUCGACAUCUGGCACAAGUGCGAGACCCCAAGACGUCCAUGAUAAGAAAGACGAAGUUAAGAGAAGACGACUUAGUGACAAGGAUAAAGAAUCUAAACUACCAGUUGAUGAAGAAGUAAAGAAAUCUGUAGUUACCUCCCCUGACAAGAAAUCACUGCAUGAUAGUGAUAUGGAAGGGAACCUGGGAACCGAAUCGGAUGCGGAGGGAGACGUGUUCAGUGACUGGUCGGAAGAUGACAUUGCAGACAACAUCCUCAACCAGGAAGACGAGAAACUGUUGGCUGCACAAAAAGCAAAGAAUGAGCCUCCAACUGAUGAAGCGUUGCAGCGUGUCAAGGAUGACCGAGCGCGACGAAGCCCUAGCAACAGUAGUCGUGGAAGCAGGUCAAGCCGGAGGUCAAAGGACCGGGGUGUGAGACCGUCACGAGACAGUGGGUCUCGUUACAGGGACGAGAAAGUUAAAGAGCUUAGUUCGGGAAAAGGAGAUGCCAAAGAGAGAAGUGUCAAGGAGGUGGAGCUGGAGCAGACUAGUGACAGAGCUAGAGUUCCUUCAUCUCAGAGUGAGGAUGUGAGAAAAGAAGUUGAUGUAGGUUUGCCAGAAUAUGAAUCGAUUUCCUCUGACGAAGAGGAGUUCCUGGAAGAAGUGCCUCCUAAGCCAAGCAUUGCAGACCUUCUUUCCAUUGAUUGGUCAAGUCUGAAACAGGAAACCAAGGAGAAGCCAAUCAAAAGUUCUGUGUUGGACAAAUUCAAACCAGCGAACAUUUUCAGCCAUCUUGGCGUGUCAAAGAAAUACGCUGGAGAAGUGCUGUUUCAGAAAGUUAAAGAUGUGUGUCAAACAGAGAUGGCCGUGACCACAAAACAAGAACAGGGUCAAGAUGGUAAGGAGGGCGACAAACAAAGCAAGACGACGGCGGAAGGCUUCACUCUUCAUCACAGUAUUGCAUCGUUCCACUGCUGUCUGUCGCGCACAAAGAAACAGCGAGAGAACCUCAUGACCAACCUCGGUCCUAACCGACGCGCGCUGUGUGCCCGGCGAGAUCUCGAGAUGCGCCAGCAGCUCUGUAAAGUAGAUAAAGUGUUUGACCAGGCGGCCGUGUACCCGAGUCAGGUGAUGGACAUGGACCUGUGUAAACUGAGUAUUCAGUUGUUCAGGAGGGGACGGGAACACACGCCCGAGAAAAAAGACUCGUUGACACACUCGUCCUCUGUUGUACCAUGCGAAUCUUAAAAUCUUUAUGAAAACUUGUGAAUCAUGUUGUGUAUUACUUUUAAGAAAUAAAAACAUUAUUUGUGUUU